CGUAACUCGGCUCAACACCGGAAGUGACGUCGCCAGUGUUUUUGAAAAGCGGCGCCGCCGGUUUGUGUUUUUAUUGCUUUUGGACGAGUCGCAAAGCAAUAGUUUUGUCUAUUAAAAUUCCACCACAGGAAUAACACAUGUAGAGUUACAUCUCUCAGUCGACAUAGCAGGCCUCUGGAUUUCUUCAAGAUCAUACCUGUUCAUCCUAAUAUUGACAGCUGCUGCAAAUACUCCCAGUGUUUUGCUGUGAGCUGGGGUCAUGCAGUACUCAAAGGAGGAAGGACUUCUUGGCAGUCUGUGUGUCGGAGAGAAGAAACUAGAGGGGAAGACCUUCUACCUGGACAAUGUGAAGAAGCGCUUAACAACACUGCUUUUAGAGGCCGUAACACUUCUGGGAGGGAGGGUUGAGAGUUUCCUGCACAAAGAUGUGAACUUUGUUGUGACCGGAAACCAAGACGUUCUCAAGGAGGAGAAGCUGGAGAGUGGCCCCCAAAAUGAAAAACAGAGACCGGGAACUCCUAGACCAACGGCUUGUGGGAGUCGGGGGAAGGCUCUUCUUGAAAAAGCAAUUCGCAACAAAGAGCGUCUUCAGAGGACCGGCGUGUUGUUCAACGCUCGAUCGUGGGGCGUAAAAAUAUUGUAUGCAGAUGAUGUCUUCUUAUAUUUGAAGCAGUUGACCCGGGAGAGUUUUGGUGCUAAACACAAGAAGACCGAGAAGACAUCCACAAAACCAAGUAUGUCUGCUGUAAAAGCUGCUGCUCUGAGAUCUCCUUUUCUUAAAAUUGAAGAUAUAAGCUGGAAGUACAAGCCUCUUCAUAUGCAGUCUAUGGCCUUUCCUGUGUUGUGCUACUCGGGUCGAUAUAGUCCCUUUGAAUCUCCUCCUCCUCCUCGCUUUGAAACACAAACUGUGCAAAGCAACAGUAAAAAAAGGGAAAAGAAAGCUGAAAACAGCCUUCAGGAUAAAUCUCAAACCCAGCUCACCUGUAAUCCUUCGCCUUGGCGACCACGCAAAAAGGACUCGUCUUACUGUGAAUGCUGUCAUGAAACCUUCACUAAUCUAGAGGAGCACUUGCAGUCAGACCAGCACCGCUCGUUUGUCCUGGACCCCUCAAACUACAGAGUUGUGGAUCAGCUUGUGGUUGAGAUGUUGCCAGGAUUUGACCCAGAUCCACCUCAACCAACAGAAGAAAGACCCCCAACUCCUCUCCCCAUCCAUGCUGACUGUGAACUAGAGCCUUUGACGGACGUUGAAAUGGAGCACACGGUUCAGGUCCUUCUAAAAGAAGAGUCAUCCUUCAAUAAUCGCAUUUCUAAUCCCGCUCAAAGUCCACCUUCUUCUAGCCCCGCCCGACCGUCACUAGAAGUUAAUUUUACSAUCCCAAAUGCAUUCAUUCCACCGUUUGACCUUCAGUCUUUUAAUCCCGAGACAAACCACAAGUCCUUUGAUGUCCAGCCUCGCGCUUCAAGUCCAACCAUGCCCGUACUGACUGUUGAACCACUCGACCAGCACCCUGAACCUGUCUCCCCGUGUCUCAGUGCUUCAUGUCCUCUCUCUGACCCUUACUCCCUGCCUCCAGUUCUCAGUCCACAAGUUACCUUUAGCAUUAUGGAUCCAAAGAGUCCUUACUUGGAACCCCCUAUUCUCAGUCCUCAAAAGUACAUCGGRAAGGAGACUUUAGAAGACGACACGUGUGAAGUGAACCUUGAUGAAUAUGGUUUAACAGUUCCCCUCUCAACUCUACUUCAAACUUUUGGGAUUGAUGCAGAAGAAGAGAGGGGGUUGAACCAUUUAGAGGACGCUCCUCAGUCAUCAUGUAGGUCUUAUUCAGUCCCUUGGCUGUCAGCGGGUUCACCAAACCCCAAGAAGCGUUGUCAGUCGGCCAGCCCUGAACACAGAAACARGAAAAGGAGGAGGACAGCGAUGUCUGGGGAGAGUUGUGACAAGCAAAGCCUUAACGCUUUGGAACCACCUGUUGAAAAUGUGUCCACAUCAGCUGCUUCAUGCUUUGUGGAUUUCCCUUUAUUAAAACCAUCCUGCUCCACAUUUUCUCCUUCUGCUGUUCAGAGUUUCACUCCUACACUAGCUCAAAUGAACUCGGCUUCCUUUCCCAACGGCGACAAACCUCAGCGUGCGAUUUCCAGUCAAGACUCUCCUCGUUUCCCCUCCGCCUCCGUGCGCAUCGAGCCGGCUCUCAUCCCAAACCUGGCCACCAUCUCUUCGGCGUCGUCCGACUCGGACUGGGACUGCGACCUGCUGUCGCGCCUGGGUCCGACCCCGGCUUCGCGCGUGUCGCCCAGCGAGCAGCAGAACCGUGAGCUCGACAAAGAGCUGCUCCACAGGCCGUGUCCCUGGAUGCACGACACCGCCUACAAGUCGCGUCUGUCCAGCGUCCUCCAGCCGUCCACUCCGGCUGCAUCGCUGUGCAGCGAGGACACCGACUCUCAGCCGUUCUCCAGAACUGUAGUACAGAUUGUUGAGGUUCUACACUGAAUGCAGAUGUUUAUUUUAUUUAACUAUUUUUUUAAAGUUGUUUUUACAGAUGCUGCUUUAUGUUUAUAUUGUAUAUUUUUUUAAUGUCAAAGAGUUUAUAAGUAGUCUUAACUUAUCCUCCUUGUGCGUAGACCUCGAAGCARUGCUCUGUACGUUUUGCUGACUGCAGUCAUUCAGCAGCUCUGUCCGGGAACACGCGGCAGUACUGAGAAUUUAAUGAGGACUUUCUGAAAGCGCGGGCAUUACUCAAUUACUCUAAGUGCUGCUCCUGGAUCAGAGCCCACACGAGAUGAUGUCGGCGAACAGGCGAGACGUUCAUGAGUAGAGCGACAGCUCACGGCACAAACUUUGUGAUUAAUGUCAAAUAGCUUUUCCUGCCUGUUGAAAGUGUGCCAAAAAAAAGGACAGGAUUCGUGAAGGAGGGUCAAGUGUUUUCACAGUAGUGCGUUGCAGCUCCAGGAAAUUUUAACCUGCACUUGGCAGACCGUUUAAUCAGAUCAGAGUUGUACCUCAAAGAUUUUAAAUCAAAGAAAUGCCAAUUUGAUUAUUGGCAGUUCUUGAAGGGAAAUGUAAAUGAACAUUUUGUACAAUGAUUUUUAAAAAAAACAAAUAAAUAUUUUUGAGCUAUAAA